AUGAGUGAUAUAUAUUUUUAUUCUGAAGAAAUUAAUAAUUUGUUAGAAGAUUUUAAAAGAAUAUUACAAGAAUUAGAAAAAGAAGAGGUAAAAAAUGAAAAGACGGAAAAAUAUUGUAACGAUAUUCAUUUUAUAAAUGAAAGAAUAAAAACAGCCAAGGAUGCAUAUUUUAUUGAGAUAAGGAAUUUAAGUGAAGAGGAACAAAUAGAAAAUAUUUCAAAAAUAAAAAAUAAAAUGAUAAUAUUAGAGAAUUUAAAUAUUCAAUUUGAUUUUAAAAAAAGUAAACUAAUAUAUGAAGAAGAUAAACAAGCAAAAGAAAAUAAAAAAUUGUUAAAAGUUAGAUAUGUCUCAGCCAAAGAUAUAGAAACUAAAGGAGAUAUUAUUCAAGAUCAAACGGACGAUGCUAUUUUUAGAAUGAAAAUGAUGGUUGAUGAAUCAGAAAAUAUUACUAAAGAUGCAGCAGAUAAAUUAAAUAUACAAAACGAAAAAUUACAAAAAGCAAGAGAUAAAAUCGAGGAUGUUGAUAUUAAUGUAUAUAGUGCUAAACAAACAUUAAAAGAAAUAGCAAAAGAAGCCGUUACAGAUCGAUUUGUUCGUCUUAUGAGUAUAUUAAUUUUUAUUGUAGUAUCUGUACUUAUCACUGUUAUAAUCAUAUCAAGAAAACAAACGCCUGUUGUAAUACAUGAUGUCAUGACGGAAAAUGAACAUAUACGAAAAAAUAAAAGUGUGCGAAGACAAGAAAUGAGUCCCAAACUAACAUGA